CCACCAUCCGUGAAAUCCUGGCUCUCCCACUAAAUGAAUUUCUUAUUUUAUUUACGAUUAUACCAUGUGAUUUGUAUGGUGCAUCGAUAAUCGUUAUUGAUUGUAAAUUGUAAUCUCCCCAACUCAAUUGUGCAGAAGUGGCUGCCGCCGCAUAAUCCGACAAUUUACCUUCACUACUUUGGUGACUCCGACAGUUUCUUCUUUUCUCUCUCAUCAUUCUUGCUUCAAAAAGAUGGACUCCAUGGUUUUCACUUCAUCUUAUGUAACUAAAUCAUGCUUUCUAAAGAGCAAAGCAAAGGGUGGAAAUGUUAAAUUUUAUGUUCGUAGCUCAAUUGCUUCAGCCCCAAUGAACUUGCAAUUUUCCGAGAAGAAUAAUGUGCAGAAAAGUGUACGAAUUGGUGUUCUUGGUGCUAGUGGAUAUACUGGUUCAGAGAUUGUCCGUCUGCUCGCCAAUCACCCAUAUUUUGGUAUUGCUUUGAUGAUUGCCGAUCGAAAGGCUGGGCAAUCAAUUGCUUCAGUAUUCCCACAUCUGGUCACCCAAAACUUGCCGAAUUUGCUUGCUGUCAACGAUGUUGACUUUUCAAAAGUUGAUGCCGUGUUUUGUUGUUUGCCCCAUGGUACAACACAGGAUAUAAUUAAAGCUCUUCCUCACUCGCUAAAAGUUGUUGAUCUUUCUGCGUUUCAGGACUUCCGACUGCGAGAUAUUGCUGAGUAUGAGUAAUGGUAUGGUCAGCCUCAUAGGGCACCGGAAUUACAGAAAGAAGUCGUAUAUGGUUUAACAGAAAUAUUAAGGCAAGAAAUUCAGAAUGCUCGGCUAGUUCCCAACCCGGGUUGUUACCCAACAACGAUUCAACUGCCUCUUGUUCCCCUGUUAAAGGUUAGUUUUUCCUAUUUAUGCUUCUAAUGAUUUACUUUUACCUUUUUAAGAGUUUGGUUCCUGUAUAUAUUUGUAGAUUGUAAGUGAGAUUUAAGUAAUAAGGGACUUUGAGUUGUAAUUUUGUGUAACAUUACUUAUGUAUUUCAGCUUCAGGCUAUUAAUUUAGAUGUCGAAGAUUGACAUGUUUUGAAAUAGUAUGCAGCAUGUUUGUAUCUAGGUGGGGCAUAUGUUUCAAAGUUUAGAUUUUAAGAAAUUUACAAAUUAUCAUAGUAAUACACUAAUACGUAAUGCUUCAAACAUGUUAUGUGAGAGAUUCAUGUUAAAAUCAGGUUUUUUUUAUGACAUCAAUUUCAGUGGAGGUUAUUUGGAGUUUUUGCUUAACCCCCCCCCCCCCCCCCCUCCCCCUCCCAGGUUCUUUUUGUUUGGGGGUUUUUCUUUAUAGUUAAAUGGUGAAAGUGAAUAGUUGAAAAGACUGUGCAGGAGCAGACACUCUAUCCAUUUUUUGAACUCUUAGGAGAUGAAAACUGAUUAAAUUUUAUAUUCACACCCCCUAAAUUAAAGGAGCUACGGGUGAGGUUUUGGUCAAUUCGUGAACUAUGGACAAUGGUGAUUGGUGAACCAAAAGUACAUGUGUGCAUAGGCAAAAGAACAUGACAUUGAGACAAAAUUACAUACAAUAUAUUAUUUCACUUUUUUGUUUUUAAAAAAUAAUAUAUUAUUUCACUUUUCACGUAACUGAAUGUUCUUUUAGCCAUGUACUUGUGUUUUUAAGGUGCACCAUUGUCCACCAUCUAAAUUACGGGUUUUGGUAGAUGAAGAUCGAAGAAGAUAUUAUUAGUCUACCCGACUUAGUCUCCAAAGCAAGAGCAAGGAGGCCUAUUUGUGAGAGGGUCGAAAAAGCGCGAGGCUAAUGCGUGACCUUGUCCCUCGUGGGUGUGACGAUUCUUUUUAUUCAAUCAAGUGUAAUUGGAUUUCCUGUGAGUAUACACCCAAUUGACUAGUAAUAUAGGAGUCGCCAUUCAGUUUUUAACGACAAUGAGAAAAACUGACAAAACCCGGUUAUCGUGACAUAAAGGGAGUGCAAUUAUGUUUGACCACGACGGCCGUAGGUUCCCUUGUGAUCCCUGGUGUGGGGAUCUCUCAAUAUACACCCGCAAGGUAGAGAUUGAGGGUUCGGGGGACUGUAACUACCGAGAGGAGUAAUUCGCUCGUCGAUAACUCCAGAGGCAUGAUAUCCUUACUAGCUCAGCAUAAAUAAUUGAAGGGACAUGCGUUAACUAUUAAACUAAUCUGAAUUGAUUUUAGCAAUAUGCAGUAUAUAAUACUAAUUCGAUCGUGAUUAUCUGAUUUAAUUAGCAUUAAGGGACCUAGCAUGAUAAUCCGAUUUCCUAAAAAUAUUAUAUUUAUUAGGCGUGAUAGAACAAUCAUAUUAGGUUAGUUUAACAGUUCAUAAAAAGGGCGAGGAAAGCAGUUAAAUCAUCGAAAAGGGACACAUUACGACGCACCCUUGAGAGGUGCGUCACGGUUCUCAGAAAACUAACCACUUUGACUUUGCUAUUUCUCCUUUUUAUUUAACGAAUCUCGAUUAUGGGACAGGAUACGUUCUGUUCGAUUUAUGGAUCGAUUGCGACAGAACGCGUGAACAGUUUCGCAGCGAGAGGCUUAGGCUAAGGGGUUCAGAGUCAAUACUCAGAAUAUAUUAUGUGUUGUUGUGUGUUGUUUCACGUCGAAACUAGGGGUCUAUUUAUAGGGAAGAGUUCGUGGAAAGAUAGAAUUGCAGAGUUCUAAUCCACAAAGAAUUAGGAAAAGAGACGUACCCAGGUAUUUUCAGCGCCCAGG